GUCUCGGUUCCAUUGACUUAGUUAAAUGAUAUUUAUAUUAUAAAUUUUUAAAGGAGUAAUAAAAAUUAAAAAAUAAUAUAAUUUAUUUUUAAAAUAAACUUUAUAAAAUUGUUAAAUACCAAAAAAAAAAAAAAGAAAUUGUUAAAUUGCUACUGAAAAAAAAGUAAUGAGUGCAACUCCACCUCAAUCUAAUUUGGAAUUAGUUGAUGAGAAAGGAGUUAAAAAUUUAACAAAUGGAGAACAAUUUGGACCUCGAAUUCGUUAUAUUGAUGAAACAGCAGAAGAAGAAAGUUCAGAUGAUGAACCUGAAUCUGAAAGUGAUGAUGAAAGUAGAUAUCUCAAGGAUAGUGCAAAUUCGGAAGUACCAGCAGAAUUUUGGCAUAUGCAAAAAUUGAUUAAAUAUAUGAAAGCUGGCAAUCAAACUGCUACAAUUGUUUCACUUUGUCUUUUAAAGGACUACGAACUAAAUAGUAGAAUUAUUCAAAAAGCAAUUCAUGAAAUGGGUGGAUUGGAAGUAUUGGUGAAUCUUUUAGAAACGAAAGACAUUAAAUGUCAAAGUGGAUCAUUGGCAGUUUUAUUGAAAAUAACAUCGUCAGCUGAGAUAAGACGUUAUUUAAUUGAUUUGGGAAUUGUAAUAUCACUUGUUGAAUUAUUGAAACAUCCAGCGAGAGAUAUUCAAGUUUUAGCAGCUGAGACAAUGGCAAAUAUUGCCAGGAUGAGAAAAGCGAGAAAACAAAUUCGCGUUCGUGGAGGAAUUCCUUUAAUUUUGGACGUAAUGGAUGUUCCUGAUACAGUUCUACAGUGUCCUUUGGAAAAUAUCAAUGAAAUUGAUAGAGAAUUAAUGUCAGUCGCUAUCGGAUGUGCUAAAGUUCUUAAUUCAUUGAGCAGUAGUCCAAAAAUUAAAGAAGAAUUGAGAAAAUUUGGAGUUGUAUUUUUAAUGUCACGUUUUCUUAAAAGUCAAAAUGUUGAUUUAAUUAUUCCAAUGAUGGGAUCAGUUCAACAAUGUGCAGAUCUAAAAUCUUUUAGAUUGGCCUUUGAACAAAUGGGUAUAAUUGGAGAUGUAAUUCAUCAUUUGAAAAAUGAAAAUGUAAAAUUAAAGGAAAAUUGUGCACUCGUAAUUUUUAAAUGCGCUGAAAAUAAAGUAACAAGAGAUCUAGUGAGAGAAGCAGGUGGUCUUGAUCCACUUUGUAAAUUAAUACAAAGCGAUCAAGUUCGAAGUAAUAAAGAAUUAUUAGCUUCCGUUACUGGUGGAAUUUGGAAAUGUGCUAUGAGUCCAGAAAAUAUUAUAAGAUUUAAUCAAAAUGAAUUAGUGGUUUCUAUAAUUCCUCUAUUAGAAGAAAAUGAAGAUGAGGAUGUACUUACUAAUGUAGUUGGAGCACUUGCUGAAUGUUGUAAAGAUCCUAAAAAUCGAGAUGUUCUUAGAAUAAAUGAUGGGAUACAAAAAUUGAUUCGUCUACUAAGUGCAACGUAUGAACCACUUUUGGAAAAUUUACCAAUGGUAAUUAAAGAAUGUGCUGAAAGUGAAGAGUGCAUGGAUAUUAUAAAUGAUCCUGAACAUAUAUUAGAUGGAGUUCGUUUGAUAUGGUCCUUAUUGAAGCAUCCCAGUAAUAUUAUUAAAAGAAAUGCAUGUUUUGCAUUGGUGCCUUGUAUUAAACAUGCUAAGGAUUCACCGCAAAUGGUUAGAGCUUUUGUUGGUGGAUUAGAACUUACAGUUAGUCUUCUUGAAAGUAAAGAUAAUCAAGUUUUAAGUGCAGUUUGUGCGACAAUUGCUGCAAUUGCUACUGAUCCAGAAAAUUUAGGCAUUCUAACUGAUCAUGGUGUUGUUAAAAAAUUAGCCGAUUUGGUCAAUACUGAAGAUGAAGAUCUUCGAGCAAAUUUAACAUUGGCAAUUGCCUUUUGUUGUGAAUGGGGACAAAAUAAUUAUGAAUUUGGAAAAUUAAAUGCUGUUGCACCAUUAGUUAAUUAUUUAUCGAGUCAGAAUAAAAAUGUAUUGAAAGGAGUUUGUAUUGCAUUCUAUCAUUUAAGCAAGGAGCCUUUGAAUUGCAUUACAAUGCACACUUGUGGUGUUGUCAAGCAUGUCUUGCGACUAGUUGGCUCAGAAGAUUCGGAAGUACAAAUAGCAGCAGCAACUACAAUAAGGCAUAUUCGAAAAUUGGCAAUUACUGCUGAAAAUUUUCAUUAUCUUCAAUCUUAAAAUUUUCUUAAUUCUUUUCUAUAUAAUUCAUUCAAUGAAAAAAAAAUCAAAUUCAAUAAAAUUAACUUUAUUUUGUGAAGAUUGAAAAUUCUUUGUACAAUACAGAUUGGAGUUAAUAAUAAUAACUUAAAACUAACUGAAUUGUACCAUUUUUGUUUAAAAUCUUUUAAUUUUAUAUAUAUGUAAUUACAGAAUUAAACAAGAAGCCACAAUUCAAAAUAAAAAGAAGAAAACAAUUCAUAAAUAAUUUUGCACAUUGAUUUUUUUUGACGUAUCUCAAAAUAGCUAAAGUAGCUAGAAUUAAAAAUAGCAUAUAAUUAUAUAUUAAGCAGAUUAAUUAAAAUGGCACAGUGUAGACAUCAUUUUCAAAACACUGCAAAUAUCACAAGAAAUAAA